AUGAUCUUCGAGUCCGAGUACGACGUCGACAUCCCCUCCAUCGACCUACUCACAUUCCUCUUCUCCCGCACCCCAUUCAAGGACGACGACCCCAUAUGGAUCAACCCGGCCAACCCAGACAACAACCACGUCACGCUGGCCAAAGCCCGCGACCUCACGCACCGCAUCGGGCAGGGCUAUCGAGAUCUUGGCAUCGGCACAGAUGGCCCCGGUAGGGAUAUCGUGCUCUCGUACGUCGAGAACCAAGUCAUGGUCGCGCCCAACAACCUCGGCGUGCUGUGCGCGGGCGGCGUCCACGCGACCUGUUCCGUGACGGCGACGGCGUUUGAGCUCGCGAGACAGAUCCGGUUGAGCGGACCGAAAAUCUUGAUCUGUUCGCCGCAGACGAGGAAGGCCGCUGACGAGGCCAUCGCGCAGUCCGGGGUUGAAAGUGUUCGGCUUGUCAUGAUGCUGUCCGAGACGUUGGACAUUGUGGAUGCCAGGAGUGGCAAGUCGAUCAUCAGCGACAGGAGGCUGGAGUGGCAGAAGGUCACGGAUCCAGCGGUGCUCGAAAGGGCGACGGCUUGUCUGGUCUAUUCCAGCGGCACGACGGGCAAUCCAAAAGGCGUUGUGAUCACCCACGCCAACAUCGUGGCCAACCUCUGCCAAAUGGCCUUCCAUUUCGACCACUUCGCCAAAAAGGCCAUCUCAGACGGCAUCUACCUGCGCAUGCCGGGGGUGAUGCAAAACGCCGUCGCGGUGGGCAUCUUCGUGCAGAACAUGAUGAGCCUGCAAUGCGGCAUGCAGGUGUACAUGUUCCCCAAGUACGACUUCCCCACGCUCAUGUCAGCCAUCAAGAAGUUUCAGCUGUCGGCCUGUUUCAUCGUGCCGGCGAUCUGGAACCGCGUGGUCCAGGAGUGCACGAGGGAAGAUGUAGCGUCCAUCAGGUUCGCAAUGAGUGGUGCGUCGCCGCUGCCGUUGCCGCUGCAGCUGAAGGUCCACGACAUGUUACCUGAUGGCGUGGUGUUGCGGGUGAACUGGGGCAUGACCGAGACGGUCACUGCGGCGUCACAGCCGAAUGUCACAGAGGUGGACAAGGAGGGAAGCUCGGGGAGAUUGUUGCCCAAUAUCCAAGCUGUUAUCAUCAGUCCUGAUGGGAAGAAGCUGGGCUAUAACGAGCCAGGAGAGCUGUGCGUCAAAGGACCAAACAUCAUCAAAGAAUACUUCAACAACCCCGAAGCCACCCGCGCCGCAUACACUCCCGACGGCUGGUUUCGGACCGGUGACAUUGCCUCCUUCAAUCGAGACGGCAAGCUGUUCAUCGUGGGCCGUUCCAAGGAACUGCUCAAGUACAAAUCCUUUCAAGUGAGUCCCACCGAAGUCGAGUCCAUCUUGGGCCAGUUACCGGGCAUCUCGGACGUCGGGGUCAUCGGAGUGCCCGACGGUCAGGGCAAUGACCUCCCACGAGCGUACGUCGUGCGGUCAGCGCAGGCCGCAAGGCUGUCCGAGAAGGAUAUCCACGACUUUUUGAACCCGAGGGUGAGCAACUACAAGAGAUUGAGGGGAGGGGUCAGGUUCGUGGACGAGAUACCCAGGAAUCUGAACCAGAAGAUCAUGCGGAAUGUGCUGAAGGAGUGGGUGGAGAAAGAGACCGGGGAGAGGUCGAAUUUCCGGGCUCGAUUGUAG